AAGUUUGGGUAUAGUUUUUGUAACGAUAGACAUGAGCGGGAGGAGGUUGAUUUCUAACUCGUCUGGUGUUCGUCAGAUAAGGGGAGGAGUCUCACUGACAAGAAACUGGCUCUACUGAGUUUGGCUGCUCCCUAAAAUAGCAGUUGUGUGUAAAUGUGACUGAAAUUACGUUAAUGUUCCACGCACACGGUAUCCAUUGGAGGCUCUGAUAUAGAGUAUCUAUAUACAGCGAGGGACUUGAGAGACAAGGACAUUUUUCCCAAGGAGGAGAAAUCUGCAGGAAGCUUAACGCGAGUGAGGGAAGCAUUGAAGGCUAAAAGAAGAGACAGACAGACAGACAGACAGGAGCUGGAUAUUCUUGGUCCGAUAAAGAGGUUAUCACUGCUUUCAUAGUUGGAUUGUGGUGUGGUCACGAAAACGACAGAGCCAGAGAGAGAGAAGAGAGAGUGUUGUACAAUGUGCUAGGAGAUAAGGAAGAAGACGAGCUCGGUAGUUUUUCUGAUAUUCUUGAGGUGUCAGAGAGACCGAACAGAACGCAGAGAUGGGACGGAAGAAGAUACAGAUCACCAGGAUCAUGGAUGAGAGGAACAGGCAGGUUACCUUCACGAAGAGGAAGUUUGGGCUAAUGAAGAAGGCCUAUGAGCUCAGCGUUCUAUGUGACUGUGAGAUAGCCCUGAUCAUAUUCAACAGCUCAAACAAACUGUUUCAGUAUGCGAGCACAGACAUGGACAAGGUCCUGCUCAAAUACACUGAGUACAACGAGCCCCACGAGAGCAGAACUAACUCUGACAUUGUCGAGAAAUUAAGAAACAAAGGCCAUAAUGACCUGUGUGCCAGUCCUGAUCCAGAUGACUGUUUUGGGCACAGCCCCCUCAUGGACGACCGUUUCGGCAAACUAAGCGAAGAGAGUGAUUUAAUGUACAAGCGCUGUGGUCCCACAGCGCUGCCCCAGCAGAACUUCUCCAUGCAUGUGGCAGUGCCAGUCUCCAACCAGAACACCAUGUCCUACAACCCAGGAGGCUCCAUGAGCAGCCAGGCCCAGGCCGCAGCCUCUCUGAGCGACAGUGGGAUGCUCUCUCCCGCUCAGGCCUCCUUACACAGGAAUGUGGGCUCCAGUGGGGGCCAGCAGAGGCCCCCUAGUCAAGGCAAUGCAGGGAACGGCUUUGUCAACCCUAGGGGCUCUCCGGGACUCCUGGGCGCAACCAGCGGGAACGGCCUGGGGAAAGUCAUGCCCACCAAGUCUCCACCGCCCCCUGGAGGGAACAUGGGGAUGGGCAACCGCAAGCCAGACCUGAGAGUGCUGAUCCCCCCGUCCAGCAAAGGCAUGAUGCCCCCACUGAACACCCACAGGAUAAGCAGCUCCCAGUCCCAGCUACUCGCCACCCCAGUAGUGUCUGUCACCACCCCCAGUCUGCCCCCCCAAGGCCUGGUCUACUCAGGCAUGCCCACCGGUUACAACACCGAGUACUCCCUGAGCAGUGCAGAGAUCUCCUCCCUACAGGGCUUCGGCUCUCCAGGGCUCUCUUUGGGCUCCAUGUCGGCAUGGCAACAACAUCAACUGGGCCAGGCAGCUCUCAGCUCUUUGGUGGGUGGUGGUCACCUACCUCAGGGCUCCAACCUCUCUAUCAACACCAGCCAGAACAUCAACAUCAAGUCAGAGCCCAUCUCCCCACCGCGGGAGCGCGUCACCUCCUCUGGCUUCCCCCAGCAGCAACAGCAGCAACAGCAGCAGCAGCAGCAGCAGCAGGCGUCCAGCCGGCAGGACCUGGGCCGCUCGCCUGUGGACAGCCUCAGCUCCUCCUGCAGCUCGUACGAUGGCAGCGACCGCGAAGACCACCGGCCGGACUUCCACUCCUCGUCCAUGGGGCUGGGCAGACCCCCAGCCGGAACCGAGGACAACAGGGAGAGCCCCUCUGUCAAGCGCAUGCGCAUGGACACCUGGGUGACAUAGAGUCACUCAGUCAGGCCUCCAGUCACCAGCUAGUCAGACGGAGGGAGGGAGGGGGUAGACUUGGGGGAGAGAUGGAUGGGGUAGGAAAGGUCCUUAUAGUUAUCAUUAUAAUAUUAUUAUUUAACUCCAUUUCAUUUUGUAAGAAGGAGAAUGGCAAAUAAAUUAAAUACGUCUCACAUUAAUAAGAAAAACAAUCAAGUAGUUGGACUGAAUUAUGUACACAAACAGAUGUUAUCAGGUACUGGGUGCGAAUUAGAUGUUUGCAGGAGUCUGAUGUUCAAAGAAAAAAAAGAAGAAAAAAACUAAUCUAGAUGAUUGUAGUCACUGGUCUAGUCUGGCACUUGUAGUUGCUGUUUUUGCUGUUGUGGUUGCAAGUUACAAACAAUCCAAAAAGUCAAGAGUGUUGCCUGCUGGCUGAGGGCCCCUGCUUGUGGCGUCCACUGUUAGAGCUCAUGUUUCACUACAUGGUGUAACCUCAUACGACUUUAAUCUCAUACAACUUUGUCUCAAUUUGAAUGUAUUAAAUCAAUAGAUGUGGAAUCAAAUUUUAAAACAUUUUCGACCUCAGAGACUAAAAAGAGUUGUUUUUCAUUUGAAAGAGGUUUCCCUUGUGUGGUUUUAGACAGGAAAAGCUAUCCUGUAUGGGAAGGACAUGGCUCAGAGUCAUGUGUUUAGUUCUAAAAUAAAUAGGAAAAAGUAUAUUGCAAUAAUAACAUUCAUUUUAUAAUCUGAUAUAUGGGACAUUAACAUUAUGGGAAAUUGUCCAGUUGAACUGGUAACAUGGUAAUAGCAAGGCAUCUUCUCAUUGCUCCAACAAUUCAUUGGUAAUGUAAGCCAAAGCUGUACUGUACGUUUCUUUCUGUUAUUUGUAGCUAUGGUUUCCUAGCAAUUCUCUCAAAAAACAAUUGUUCAUUUUAGUUUAGUUUUUACUGUGCUUUGUUACAAACAUUAUAAAGACAUGCAAGCCAGAUCUUGAAUCAAUAUCUCAAGCCAUGAACACUUGCUGUUCUGUUUGUUAAAUUAAACAUUUGAGCCAAACACUUUCUUUUGUUAUGUAAAUAGCAACUUUAAUAUAUAUAUAUAUAUAUCACCUUGGUGUAAGUACGUAUGUAUUGUACCAUCACCAGAUUCAAGAAAAAGGUAUAUUUUUGUGGAUUACUGCCAUGUUUACAGGGCGAGAUCCUUAUUAAGUAGAUUAUUCACUGGUUAAUAUUUACUAUUUUGUUAAUUAUACUGUACUUUCUUCAAAAUUGAAUUACUACCAAUAUAGUCAGUGAUUUUCUUUCCAGAGAGUAGUUUUUUGGGUUGUUUUCCCUUUAAUAGUGGUGAAUGUCUGUCCUUAAGAAAUUGUAAUAACAGUGAUGUAAGGUUAAAGUUCCACUAUAUCUUAUGUUGUGAAGGAUAAUCUCAACGCUGAGGAAAAUAUGGUUUAGGGUUAGGCUAUUUACCUGUAGCUGCUGAAUACACUGCCAACUUUCAAACCCAAGGUCCCAUCUCAGCAUUGAAAAACCAUCCAUUGUGAUUGUGCUUUGCUCGAUUGAAAGACAUGCCAUUUCAUGAACCAUGCCAAUAAACCUAUUUGGGUCGCUCCACGAAAAGAGUACCUUUUGCGUCACUUUGAUAUUUGAAGUAGAAAUUGUGCACCAAUAUUGCAUUUUAAAAGCCUGCUAUGUUAAAUUAAGUGCACUUUAAUAUACACUGAGUGUACAAAACAUUAAGAACACCUUCAUAAUAUUGAGUCACACCCCCUCUCCCCUUUUGCCCUCAGAACUGCCUCAAUUUGUCAGGGCAUGGACUCCAGAGGGAUGCUGGCCCAUGUUGACUCCAAUGCUUCCCACAUUUGUGUCAAGUUGGCUGGAUGUCCUUUGAGUGGUGGACCAUUCUUGAUACACACAGAAAACUGUUGAGCGUGAAAAACCCAGCAGAGUUGCAGUUCUUGACACAAACCGGUGCGCCUGGCACAUACUACCAUACCCCGUUUAAAGGCACUUAAAUCUUUUGUCUUACCCAUUCACCCGCUGAAUGGCAAUAAUACACAAUCCAUGUCUCAAUUGUCUCAAGGCUUAAAAAUCAUUAGUUAAUAACAUGUCUCCUCCCCUUCAUCUACACUGAUUGAAGUGGAUUUAACAAGUGAAAUCAAUAAGGGAUCAUAUCUUUCACCUGUAUUAAACUGGUCAGUCUGUCAUGGAAAGCGUUUUGUACACUAAUAAACUUUUUAAUAUGAAUAAAGGCUUUCUAAUGUGCCCAAAAUCUGCAUGUCCCGUGUCACUUCAAGGAAGAUUUUAACCCACUUAAUCCCAAAAUCUGCAUGUCCCGUGUCACUUCAAGGAAGAUUUUAACCCACUUAAUCCCAAAAUCUGCAUGUCCCGUGUCACUUCAAGGAAGAUUUUAACCCACUUAAUCCCAAAAUCUGCAUGUCCCGUGUCACUUCAAGGAAGAUUUUAACCCACUUAAUCCCAAAAUCUGCAUGUCCCGUGUCACUUCAAGGAAGAUUUUAACCCACUUAAUCCCAAAAUCUGCAUGUCCCGUGUCACUUCAAGGAAGAUUUUAACCCACUUAAUCCCAAAAUCUGCAUGUCCCGUGUCACUUCAAGGAAGAUUUUAACCCACUUAAUCCCAAAAUCUGCAUGUCCCGUGUCACUUCAAGGAAGAUUUUAACCCACUUAAUCCCAAAAUCUGCAUGUCCCGUGUCACUUCAAGGAAGAUUUUAACCCACUUCAUCGCAAAAUCUCUCCAAGUUUCACCAUCAUUGUAAAGCCCUAGUUAUUUCAUUGCUUUGACAAAGUCAUUCCUGGAGAUGAUUUAUUUCAUGUGAUAAUGAUUCAUUUACAUUAAUUUAAGGUCAACCCAGUUACGGAACUGAACUCUUGUUUUAAUAUGGUGAAACUAUUCUUUUUUUAAAUAUAUAUUUUUUCAAAAUAAAUCUUGAACAUCUAAUGGUCAAAUCAUACAGUAAAAGCAGGUGAGCAGGGUUCUACUCUUUUUGGCAAUUAUCUGGUGUUUUGUGGUGGAAAACUGAGUGGGUUGAGCAUUAUACGUCAACCUUGUUACUCAUAGAUAGACGGGCUAGAAUUAUUAUUUUAUUUUUUAAAUGUGUGAAGCUUGCAUUCAAUUGCCACUCUCUGUUGCACACAACAAGCUUCCAUUCCCCCUGUCACGAGGGGAUUUAUGGCUGAUUCGUUUUUAGUUUUAUUCAGAUUGUUCAGGGUAGCUGCAGCACCCUCAGCACCCGUAUUUCCCACACUUCAUUUUUUAAAUUUAACAUCUUGAGAUGGGAAAACUAGUUUAUGAAGUUGAACAUAUGCUCUUUAUGACAGAAUGUAAAAAGUAGGUGGAAUCAUUUUUUUUUUACCAAGUUAAUACUUCUCAAAAGGCACUGAAAUGGUGGAACGACCCAUUUAUGGUUAAUUAAAUGAUCCAUUGAUGGAUCACUCUCUGGUGAAAAUUUCACACUUAUGAGUAAAUUAAGUUGCAAACAUUGUAAAUAGCAUAGCCUAAAUAUAAUCCUCAGUCAUGAUUAUGUAUCAUUUAAUCCGUUUUAUAAAUUGGCACAGCAAAAUACCCUGUUUGAGGCCCAUCACUAGUAGGAAAUGAACAACCCUGAAAUCAUGAUCCCCUAAGUGUGUAGUACUGGUGAGUGGCAGCAGCCAUUUUCUGUUUCACUGUUGUAUAUUUGCCUGUGUGGGCAUUUCAGACCAUGCAAGCAUGUACGUCAUUGUCUGUUACAUGUGGCCUUGGCUUGCAUUAUACCCCAUCCCCUCAGUGGUAAAGUGUCAGACAACUCAGCAGCUAAUACAUACUAGAGACAAUGCAACAGAAUAGACUUGAUACGACACUGGUGGAUUGCACACAUUUGUAUGAGAAGUUUGCUGUACAAAAGGAGUAUCUCUUUACAUUUGCUAUAUUUUCCCUUGUGUGUUUCUCCUCCACGCCUGUCUCCACCCCUUCAUUUGAUCCAAAGCAGUUGGCAAUAAGCCAAGAGUGAUCUAUGCAGUUUCCAACUCAUACUCUGCCCAGAUGCGGACCCUUAAAAAACGUCACUUAAAGGGUCCAAUCUACUAUUAAAUGUUAUUGCAUGUCCCAUAGAGUCAGGGAGCUGGAUAGCCAGUUGCACAUAACAUUUUUAUCAAUGUCUACCUUUUUGAACAAAUUAUUUUCCUCAGUCUUGAUCAAUUCUGAAUUAUUUUAGACAUGCAUAAGAAACACAGCAUAACUGAUUUAAUAUCCAUUUGAACACAUGUCAGGUUACAGAACAGCAAUAAUACCAUUACACUAUUCCAACAAGACUUUAGCAGUCUUUUUUUCAUAGCUUCAUUACAAAUGACAUGCACACUUUAGCACUUGAUAGGACAUCAGGGAAUUUUUCUAGCUUCACUCUUUAUAUGCACGGUUAGAAAAUAGCCUUAUCCCAAAGAAUGACUCAUGUUAUAAAUCAAGAAAAGCCUCACAUAGCUCCAAACUAACGCCGCUAAUGCAGCUGACAUACAUUACAGAACAUAGAGACUGGUUCGUCUUUCCCACUCUGCCCUCCCGUGAAGUAAGAUUCACACAAGGAAUGUAUAGAGAACGUAAAGUGAUACACUUGCUCUUUUGGUCUAUGUGCUGUGUAAAAACCUGCACAACUAUUGAAUGUGAAAGAACAGGAUUAUAUCAGACAACGGAACUUUGUUGAAAGAGCGUUCUUCACUUUGCUGUGCAAGAGUACACUGCUUUGCUGUAUGGCUUUUAUAAACAGAACUAUGUAUUUGGUAAUUGUUUGUAGUUAAUAGUUCACUUCAAGAAGCUGUUUGCGGUUUGGAUGCUCAAACCGUUUGGCGGCACAAGCUGGACUUUGUUGCCAUGAAUGAAACAAAAUCAAGAGAGAAUUUUAAGUUGAUCUGCAUUUUAUUUCCCUUGAAUGUGUUGUUUUAUCUUCAUUAUACAAUAAAUAUUCUAGUGAACUUUUUAUUGAAUGACUAAGAUACCAUGCUAGAGAUUGUUGUAAAAAUGUGUAUUCUACAUUCACUAAAGUAAAACUAUUGGCUUCUACUGUCUAUUUUAGGUUCUCUCACUUAUUCUGUAAAUUAAGUGAACAACUUUCUUACCUAGAUUUUGUCCACCUGUGAUGUCCCAAACAAUAGAGACUGUCAGCAUUAUUAAACACCUCAAUGUGUGCUCAAACA